GUGCGUAUCAUGUUUGAGGUACAGGAUCUGAAAUAUGCUACUCUGGCCACAGUGUCAAGGUGCGGAAUGGUCUGGUUCAGUGAAGAUGUUCUAAGCACUGACAUGAUAUUCAAUAACUUCUUGGCCAGACUACGAAGCAUCCCUCUGGAUGAAGGUGAAGAGGAAGCUCAGCGCAGGCGAAAGGGCAAAGAAGAUGAAGGUGAAGAAGCAGCUUCUCCAAUGUUGCAGAUUCAAAGAGAUGCAGCAACAAUUAUGCAGCCCUAUUUCACAUCUAAUGGACUGGUGACUAAAACUCUUGAACAUGCUUUCAAGUUAGAGCAUAUCAUGGACCUCACUCGCUUGCGCUGUCUUGGUUCAUUGUUCUCUAUGUUGCAUCAGGCUUGUCGCAAUGUAGCCCAGUACAAUGCAAACCAUCCCGACUUCCCUAUGCAGAUUGAUCAGCUGGAGCGUUAUAUCCAGAGAUACCUGGUCUAUGCAAUACUGUGGUCACUCUCUGGAGACAGCCGUCUGAAAAUGAGAGCAGAGCUGGGAGAAUACAUUAGGAGAAUCACCACCGUACCAUUGCCCACGGCACCCAACAUCCCCAUAAUUGAUUAUGAGUCUCCUGGAUUGCCUAGGAGAGAGGGGGAUCCUGGUAUAGAGCUAAAUGGGGCCUAUCAAGGAUCUCAAGGGCCAGAGGGUGGUCAAGGUACUUUGGGUUUAAAGGGGGAGAGAGGAUUUCUAGGAGAAACAGGUCCUGAACGCCCUUGGGGAAGAACAGGUGAUACUGGUUCAAAAGGGAUUGCAGGAAUUCCUGGUAGGCCUGGCUUUGCUGGUCCCCCUGGAGCUACUGGUCAUAUUAGGCUACCAGGAACUCGUGGAUUGAAGGGAAAUGCUGGUGUUCCAGGCAUAAAGGGUCAAGAAGGUGACAAGGGAGAAAAAGGAGUUAAAGGACCAAAAGGAAAUGUUGGAGACAAAGGACCAAUUGGACCAGAAGGCGCUAUUGGUAAAAGAGGUCCACCAGGAAAGACUGGAUCCCGAGGCCAAACUGGAGAACAGGGUGUUCCUGGAGAUGAGGGUUCACCAGGAAAUGUUGGAUCAGUUGGACCUCCUAGGCUGCCUUUCCCAGCAGCUCAUGUGAUAGAAGUGUGCAAACGAAUCGUCUCAGAACAAAUGUCAAUGUUUGCCAAUAGUGUUGGGAGGAAAUGUGCCAGCACGUGCCCGCUUUAUGGAGAUGUGCCUAUGGGGUCUCCAGGACCUGUUGGUUUGCCUGGACACCCUGGAGAAGAGGGCAAACCUGGGUUAAAUGGAGCUGAUGGAGAACAUGGACCUAAAGGUUUUUAUGGCGAUGUUGGUGACCCAGGAAAACAAGGACCAAAAGGUGAACACAGAGACAGAGGAGAUAGAGGUCCGAAAGGUUUUGUAUUUGCUGGCUUUGAAGGAAAUCAGGGCCCAAGAGGUGAACGUGGAAGAAGUGGACUAGCAUUCAAUGGACUUCCAGGUCAGCCUGGCCCACGGGGACGUAUGGGACAGUCUGGUUUGAGAGGAUACCCAGGACUUAGAGGGCCUCCAGGUAUAUGUAAAACAGGGUGCGAUCCUUAUCUUCCAAAUGAUGUAGAUCAGCAAAGUGAGUCAUCAUCUUCUUUUGUAUGGCAAGCAAAGUGAGUGAAGACUUCAGAGAAACAUCACGAAAGCCUCUGAUGUGGAAGAAAACAAGUGUAAUUGAACAAAGUAUGUGUUUGCUCCUUUUUCAAAAUUGAAACCUUUUGAAAAAUACAUAUGAAUUACUGUUUAAUCUAGAAGCCAGUUCACUUCCUGAAUUUUUAGUGUAAAAUAAUAACAUGAUAAUUCUA